UGAGUGGGAGCACCUGACUGAAGAGGAAAAACACUGGCCUGCUUUUUUGGAGAGAGAGAGAGAGAGAGAGAGAGAGAGAAGUUAGUAAGAGGGAAAGUAAAUACAGUGAGAGAAAAGCGCUCCGCAGAAAUAGGAAAACUGGCGAGCAAGUGCCGGUGGGAGCCAGUUCCCAAAACUCUGACCAAUUGCCUCCCUGCCGGGGGUGGUGUCUGUCCAUUCUCCUCCCCCCCCUGCACCCUCCCACACGGCUCAAAAUCUCCAUCACUUCCAUUCUCCCUGUGCUCUUUAACUUUGUCCCCCGCAGCGUACAGCGGUUAUCUGUCCGACCUGUUGUUAUCUAACAGCAGAGGAGGUGGGGGGGAAGACUUUUAAAGGGUCAUGCCACUCAAUGUCGUGCUGGACGGCCCGGCCCCCUGGGGGUUUCGCCUGACUGGAGGAAAGGACUUCAACCAACCCCUGACCAUCUCCAGGAUCACCCCCGGCAGCAAGGCCUCCGCGGCCAACUUGUGUCCCGGUGACGUCAUCCUGGCCAUCGAGGGAGUCCCCGCCUCAGACAUGAUGCACUGUGAGGCUCAGAACAAGAUAAAGGAGUCCAGCAGUCAGCUCUGUCUCACUAUCGAAAGGAACGAGCCGAGACUGUGGUCCCCAAACGUUGUCGACGAGGGCAGAGCUCACCCGUUCAAAAUCAACCUGGAGGCCGAGCAGCAGGAAUAUAAACCCAUUGGCACCGCUCACAACCGGAAAGCUCAGCCGUUCAUCGCGGCGGCGAACCUGGACGACAAGCGGCAGGUGGUCAGCGCAGCCUACAACACUCCCAUAGGCCUCUACUCGUCAGGCAACAUCCAGGACGCCAUGGAGGGACAGAUCCGAGGCCUGGUUCACCCAAAGCCUGAGAGCCCCCGGACUUUGACCAGCAUCGAGGAUUCUGACGUGUACCAGAUGUUGCAGAGAGACCAGGAGGAGCCUCAAGCUCCUCGACAGUCUGGCUCGUUCAAAGCCCUGCAGGAGUUUAUUGACAGUGAUGGCACUCGUCCCAUUGUGACCAGGACAGUAAAAGCCCCCACGACCAAACCAACGCCGCCCACAGGAAACCUGCAGAAGCUGCCCGUCUGCGACAAGUGUGGGAAUGGGAUUGUCGGGACGGUGGUGAAAGCACGGGACAAAUAUCGCCACCCCGGCUGCUUCGUGUGCUCCGACUGUGACGUCAACCUCAAACAGAAGGGUUACUUCUUCGUGGAGGGGCAGCUGUACUGUGAGACUCACGCUCGCGCUAGAAUGAGACCACCGGAGGGACACGACCUCAUCACCACCUUUCCCUCCGCGUAGCUUCCCCUCUUUACGAGGGCACACACACACAAACAAACACACACACACAAACAAACACAAACAAACACACUUGGCCAGCACUCCUACGUCCUGCGUUUAUCUGCACUUUGAUGUGUCGUCUGUGUGCCAUAAUGUUUGAUUAAUUAUACACUUUUCUCCUGAUGUUUUGACUCAGUAAAUCACCUCGGCGUUGGAACAUUUGGCAGGUGAUAAUUGGAAGUGUCUGGUUGUUCGAGGAGCCUGGCCGCAGCGAUUAUUAAACUCACUUGAUUUGCCAUUUCCAUCUCGCCCCUUUCUCACGACUUGAUGUCUAUCCAACAAAGACCUCUGCUGAUACUGUAAGAUGUCAUCUGUAUGUAAAGUCCCGAGAUGAAAAGCACCAUCUGUUGGAACAUCGCCUCGGCCAGACGCAGAAUAACUCGGCAUAUAUAAUGUUUGCACACAUAUAAAAGAAAAGGGAGGGAUGCGCAGAUGUUUACCAGUGGCUGUUCUACUGUCUCCAUUAAUUUAGACGUUUGUCCUUGAAAGCACAUUAAAGAAAACAUUUUUGAAACGACA